AUGAGUUUGUUCAAUGGAUUAGCUGAUGAAUUCAGAACAACAAUCGACGACAUCCAAGAAAGGAUGGCCUCCAUGAGCACUCGAAUUGAAGUGACCAUGAAAGCCGUGGAAGGUGUCACGACUGGGCAAACUAAUGCAGGAUCCAACAAACUAAGGUUCCCAGACCCUAGAGCCUUCAAAGGGAAUCGGGACGCCAAGGAGUUGGAAAACUUCAUCUUUGAUGUCGAACAGUACUUCAAAGCCACAACGGCUUGUACUGACGACAAGAAGGUGACUGUAGCCUCGGUGUAUCUCAUAGACGACGCCAAACUGUGGUGGCGUACGAAGGUGCAAGACAUUGAGGAUGGAUUGUGCACCAUCGACUCAUGGGAGGACCUCAAGAAAGAGUUGAGGGAACAAUUCCUCCCCGAAAACGCAGGACAUAUAGCAAUGGAGAAAAUAGUAGCCCUGAAACAUAUUGGAAACAUACGAGAUUAUGUCAGACAGUUCUCAACCCUGAUGCUGGAUAUCAGGGGUACAGUAGAGAAGGACAAGGUGUUCUUCUUUAUAAAUAGUUUACAGCCGUGGGCCAAAACAAAGUUACAUGAGAACAAGGUCCAAACCCUAGCUGCCGCAAUGGCCUGCGCCGAGAGACUCCUAGACUAUGGGAACGAAGCGGGAUCCCAAAGAAGAAUGACACCGGCCCCAAACACUGGGGGAAAAACAUACAAGCCACCAGGUCAUCGAAAUGGAAGCCCCAACAGACCGAACGGAGGUAACGAUAGACUAAGCGGAUGGACGGAUAGACCUCCUCAGAACAAUCAAGCGGGGACAUUUCGAGGGCCUUACCAUCAAAGGAACCACCCGACGACACCUUUACAAUGCAUGCUCCCUCCAACGGAAAGUCGAACCGAAGGAGAUAAUAGAGAAAGGGCUCAUGUUCAUAGAUGCGACAAUAAAUUCUCGACCGAGCAAGAGCACUCUGAUAGACUCAGGAGCGACCCACAACUUCAUUGCCGAUCAGGAAGCCCGAAGAUUGGGACUACCAUAGGAAAGGACCCGGGGAAAAUGAAAGCUGUCAACUCCGAGGCCUUGCCUAUUGUGGGAGUUUCCAAAGGAGUCCCCUUCAAAAUAGGGGAUUGGAAAGGAGAGCUAGACCUUGUCAUGGUUCGCAUGGACGACUUCAACGUGGUACUUGGGAUGGAGUUCCUCCUAGAACACAAAGUCAUCCCAAUGCCACUGGCGAAAUGCUUGGUAAUCACCGAUCGCAACCCCACAGUAAUACGUGCAAGCAUCAAGCAACCAGGUAAUCUUCGAAUGAUCUCGGCCAUACAACUGAAAAGGGGACUCGCACGAGAGGAACCUACAUUCAUGGCCAUACCACUGAUGGAAGAAGCGACCACCGAAGAAACUGUCCUAGAGGAAAUCAAGGAAGUAAUAAACAGCUAUGUUGACAUAAUGCCAGAGAGCCUACCCCAAACACUACCACCUCGUCGAGGCAUUGACCAUGAAAUCGAACUCCUCCCAGGGGUUAAACCGCCGGCGAAGAACGCAUAUCGGAUGGCUCCGCCCGAGCUAGCCGAAUUGAGGAAACAACUAGAUGAGUUGCUGAAGGCGAGAUUCAUUCGCCCGGCAAAGGCACCUUACGGAGCCCCCGUACUGUUCCAGAAGAAGAAGGAUGAGACGUUGCGUCUGUGCAUAGACUAUAGAGCCUUAAACUAG